AUGUCAUCACUAGAUGAUAAUUAUAUAGACGAUGGUGAUGAUGAACUGACAGCAAAUGACGAUGAUGAUGAAUACUAUUACAGCGAUGCAAAGACACUCGAGUCAAGGUCAUCAUCAUCACUCAAACAUAGAGGUUCAUCAUCAAGGACUCGUCACAGAUCACAUACCCAACAACAACAAGAUGAUAUACAAAGACAACAACAACGAAGAAGAGGAGGUCAACAAUUAGGAUUCUUUGACAAUAUUAUUAGAGAGUUGGAGUCGAUUGGAGCGUCUCUAUCAUCUACAUUACUCAAUCUACUAAGGAAUGUGCGACUCAUGUCCUAUGCAUCACUAAUCAUUCACUGUCUAUCAAUAUAUCUUCUAUUCACUCUUCCUUCAAUGGGCUCCAACACUUAUGUGUCUGAGAAGAACCUUCAAUGUACAGUUACACCAUUCAUUACCAAUACAUUCUCAGAGAGUGCAUUGGCCUACGCCAAUGAGUUCAAGACCAAGUUCCCAAGUCGAUCAAUUGGUAGCAAGGAGAAUAUGGACAGCGCAUUGUGGAUAAAGGAGAAGAUGAUUGAGAUUGGCGCAGACGCGCAGCUGCACUACUUCAACUCAUCGUUUGGAAGGACUGGCGUCAAUGUCGUGGGAGUGAAUCGCGCCCCUAGAUCAUUGGGCACGGAAUGCUUCGUGUUGUCCACGGCCUUUGAUCAAUGGCAUAGCCCUGGCGCCGUUGGCUUCUUAUUGGCAUUCCUGCAGUAUCUCCAAUCGACUUCGUGGCAGGCUAGGGAUGUACUGUUUGUGAUCACCAGCGAGGGAGGCGAGCUCAAUGGGGGCACGGCGAUGGACAUCAGUGGCAUCUCAGUGUGGACACACGACUACCAUGCGUCACCGAUACGCACCAAUCAGUCUCCCCAGCGCAGAGGAUGGACGGACAGCGACGACGGCCGUCUUAUCCGCUCAGGAUACAUCUAUGGCGCAAUCGCCCUGGAUCGCGUUGGCAACAGUGGCAUGGAGAAGUUGGUCGUCUAUCCCGAGGGCCUGAACGGCGCGCUCUCUAACCUGGACAUCAUCAACGUGUUGACCACCACAUCGUACUUGAACGAGAUGCCUGCAGGCAUCGUCACGCAGGUUGGCGAGGAGGAGGAUGAUGGAUCACUCUUUGGUCUGCUGGUGUUCAUGUGGAACUCGGCCCUGUCAAUGCCACGCUCCAACCAUGCAGUGUUCACCAAGUAUGGCAUCAACUCUGUUGGCGUCAGCACCUAUGCCGAUCACAACAUCUGGGACAUGUCAUUCAUGAACUCCCCAUUGCACAAUGAACUCAACUAUCAACAGAGCGUCAAUGACUUUAACACCCUAGACAAUGGCACCAUGUUCAAACUUGGAAAGAUCAUUGAGACCUCACUCAGGCAUCUACAUAAUGCUGAUGAGCAGUUACACCAGAGUUUCUCCUGGUAUAUGAUGGCUGGCGCAGUAUUCUUUAUCGAUCUUGGACAGGCACUGUUGCCUCUGAUCUUUUUAUCAGUUUCAUUAUUCAUUCUCCUGUUGUCCUUGAUUACCUCGGUCAACAAUAUCAACUACAGCGUAAUACGUUCACUGCCAUGGUUCAUCUCAAUCCUGGCCUUCUGCCUGAUGGAACUGUGCUUGCCAAGAUUCCUUGCAUCCCUAGGUCUUAUACCAUCUAAAGAUUUGAAUCCAUCCAAUCUCUUGGAUAUCAAUAUGAUUACACACCUUGGUAUAGAUGAUCAGAUCAUUGUUGUAUCGGGCAUCUACAUUGUUGGAUGUUUUAUCAUUUACAUCGCAGUGCUCAGACCUGUUGCCAACUACUUUAGCGCGAUGCUAUCAACAGUCCAGACCAUCAAUAAUGGUGAUGAUAAUCAUAGUUGGGCAGGUCUCCAAACAAUAUUGAUAGCCUACUACUCAUUACUGAAUCUAAUGGGAAUGAUGCUUAACAAUCAAUUCGCCAAUCUAUUCAUAUGCAUAUCAUUGCCAACUUUACAACUGACAACAUUGUUGCUGUUGGGCAACUAUCAUAUGAUAUUCCGAAUGAUAUGGAUGCUCUUCUGUCUGCUGUCACAUCCACUGGUGCUCCUGUUCGAAUUGUGGGGCACAUGGUCAGUUGGCUGGAAACGUAUGAUCAUUGGCGUGCUUGCCGGACACGAAUGGGGAUUCCUGCUCUGGACAUUCUUCAUCAUCCUAUUGCAGCCACUCUGGAUUGUAAUGUUCCGGUUGCUCUUUGUCACUGGUGCAAAGAAGAAGAAGUAA